CAGGUGAUGAAGAUGAGUCAAAAGACACUGAAUCUUACAAAGAUUAUCAAUGACGUUAAAAUGAUAAUCAUGAAAGAGCCAUCACUACUUGAAGUCCCCAUUCCAUGCGUAAUUGUUGGCGACAUACACGGACAGGUUACAUUCUUUGAUGACCUCUCAAAAAUGCAUGCCUUAAUGAACACACUGCAGUACGAUGAUCUCCAUGGUGCCACAUUACGUCGCUACGUAUUUCUUGGUGACUACGUCGAUCGUGGCCCAAAUUCAUUGGAGUGCAUUUGCUGCUUAUUUGCUCAUAAGCUAAUUUUCCCAAAAAUGUUCAAUUUGCUGCGUGGUAACCAUGAAUCAGCAUUCAUCAACCGUAAUUAUGGCUUUUAUCAAGAGUUAGUGGAUCGUUUUGAAGAAGAAAUGGGAAGCAGAUUAUGGUGCUUGUUCAAUGAUGUUUUCGAUUUGUUACCGCUUGCUGCACUUGUUCAUAAACGAAUUUUAUGCAUGCAUGGUGGCCUUAGUCCACAUCUGAAUUCUCUGGAUGACAUAAGAAAGAUAAUUCGGCCAAUCAAAACAAUGGAAGAGUCACCUUUGGCAUGUGAUUUAUUAUGGUCAGAUCCGGUAGUCAGUCUGUCUGGUUUUGUAAAGAAUAUUGUCCGUGGUAUCAGUGUAUGUUUUGGUGAAGAUUCUGUGUUAAAAGCAUGUGAGAAAUUAAAUCUUGACCUGAUAGUUCGUGCUCAUCAGGUCAGUGGUCAGUUCAAUUUGCUCAUAAACUCUCCACGUUAUGACGCUGAGAAGGUAAAACUUUAG